AUGUAUGGGAUUGAACGGUUGAAGAAAUUAGGAGCCACAGUGUUUGAGGGUUCCACGAAUCCAGCUGACACCAAGACGUUCAGAGGCAUAUUUGAGGAAAAGUACUAUCCCACCACAUAUUGUGAGGCAAAGAGAGAUGAGUUUCUGGAGUUGAAACAAGGGUCACUUUCAGUGGCCGAGUACGAGAGGAAGUAUACUAAGCUUUCACGGUAUGCUGAAAUGAUUGUGGCAUCUGAGAGUGACAGGUGUCGCAGGUUUGAGAGAGGGCUACGUUUUGAGAUACGUUGUCAAGACUUCAAGCGUCGAUUAGGUGGCAAACCAUUGAGGCAGAAGAGUUCAGGUAGUGCUUAUCAGAGGCAGAGUCAGAGAGCUUUCAGUCAGUCUGCGAACUCAGUAGCAAGAUCACGGACUUCGCAGCAAGAUCGUGGACAGGUCAAGAUUCUGUUGCUAGUGAAUCCAGGAGAACCCCAUGUUGGAAAGUCUAUGCAUGUUGGUGGAUCUUCUUCCCUUAGAGUUACAGGCGUUGGAUGUAAUUCUGGGAAUAAUUUCUUAUUCACUCACUAUACUAAAAUGAAUUACCAUAGGAAAGAGGUGACUUUUAGGAAACCAGGUUUGACUGAAGUUGUUUUUAGGGGUGAGAGAAAGAUUAUCCCUACGAGUUUGAUUUCAGCUCUAAAAGUUGAGAAGUUGUUGAGGAAAGGUUGCACAGUGUUUCUUGCGCACGUGGUUGAGGUGCAAGAAGAAAAGUUGAAACCAGAAGAUGUUCUUGUAGUGAAUGAAUAUCUAGAUGUUUUUCCAACUGAUUUAUCAGGUUUGCCGCCUGAUAGAGAAGUGGAAUUCACUAUUGAAUUGUUACUAGGAACAACACCUAUUUCACAGGCACCAUACAGAAUGGCUCCGAGCAAGCUUAAGGAGCUGAAGUUUACUCAAUGGACAAAAAAAGCCCAUGAGGAACAUCUGAGGAUUGUUCUACAAACAUUGCGUGAUAAACAACUAUACGCCAAGUUCAGCAAAUGUGAGUUCUGGUUGAAUCAAGUGGUGUUCUUCGGGCAUGUGGUUUCAGCGGGCGGAGUUAGUGUUGAUCCGCAGAAAGUGGAAGAUGUUGUCAAUUGA